UAUUUAUUAAUUUAUUCUCUCAAAAAUAUGUUCAUAAAACUCCCCAUCGGUUUCCUCCUCAACGAAUCCAAAACUUAUAAUAAUAAGAAUUUUUAAAAAUUAAAUAAAUAAAUAUCAGCGUACGUGUCACCGGACACCGGAAUUGUCUGUCACCUGAAAGGACGGUUUGGAUCAGUCUGUUAUUUGAAACGGGGUUUAGUUUUUAAAACGCUGGAAUUGAAGGGGAAGAGGAGGAAACGCCAAGCCAUAAGAAAGGAAGAAGGAGGAGGAGGAGAAGAGAAGUACAUCAAGGGCAUUUUGGUAUUUUUAAUUUUUGUUUCAGAAUAUCAGAAAGCAUUAGUAGAAGAAGAAGACUGUGAUUGAUGGUGGAUUCACACCACGGAAACUCAGGAACCACUUCUCUAAUGGAGAGUCUGAUGGGACUUCUCCGGAUCCGUAUCAAACGAGGCAUCAAUCUAGCGGUUCGUGAUGUUCGUAGUAGCGAUCCUUAUGUUGUUGUCAAGAUGGGCAGACAGAGACUGAAGACUCGUGUGAUAAAGAAGGAUGUAAAUCCGGAAUGGAAUGAAGAUCUAACUCUAUCCAUUACAGAUCCUAAUAUUCCCAUCAAGCUUACCGUGUUUGACCACGACACGUUUAGCAAAGAUGACAAAAUGGGAGAUGCAGAGUUUGACAUUAAAGAAUAUAUAGAAGCCUUAAAGAUGAAUUUAAGUGGCCUCCCUAAUGGCACCAUAAUCUCAAAAACUACACCAAGCAGACACAAUUGUCUCGCCGAGGAGAGCUGCAUUUUUUUUAGCGAAGGCAAAGUUGUCCAAGACAUGUGUCUCAGAUUGAAAAAUGUGGAAUGUGGUGAAGUGGAGAUUCAACUACAAUGGAUCGACCUUCCUGGUUCAAAGGGUUUAUGAAGUGGAUGUAUACUCCCUAUCUCACUCGCUUAGUUAAUGUCUCUGGUCUGCUUUAAGAGCUUCUGCCACCUGGUGCGGCGGCGUCUUGCAGUUUUCAAGUUAGGGUUAUUGGUUUGGUUACUGUUAUGUAUUACAACCUAACCUUGAAUAUACUUUUAUCUGCCUAAUGUAAUCAGGCCUGUACUGAACAUAUAGAAUUGAACAUUUUCGGUUUUGCAUGCCAA